CUCUGUGACAACAACAAAUGAAAUACUGUCAUCUGUUGCCAUGACAAUGUUCUUAAUACGGAGGCUCACCCGGAUGGUUUAGGGAGCUAAAACGCGAAAGUCAAGCUAGCUAACAGGAGGCCAAGGUUUGUUGACGUGAGCUAAAAACUAAAAUCUUAAGUUUGAAGGUGAAAGUCUCGAUUGCUAGUGUGCUAACUGCAGAGUAUCGGUUAGACAAACCAAAAUGAGUCUGGAUAAAGCAAAGCUAUGCGAUUCGUUACUAAAUUGGCUACAGACAUUUCAGGUGCCCUCAUGCACCAGUAAGCAGGACCUGACGAGCGGAGUGGCUAUUGCUCACGUUCUACACAGGAUAGACCCCUCCUGGUUUAAUGAGGCAUGGCUGAGCAGGAUCAAGGAGGAGAGUGAGGCCAACUGGCGCCUCAAGGUCAGCAACCUGAAGAAGAUUCUUCAGAGCAUGCUUGAGUAUUACCAUGAUGUGCUUGGCCACCAGGUAGCAGACGAGCACCUGCCAGACAUCAAUCUGAUUGGGGAGUUUGGAGAUGUGACUGAACUUGGAAAGCUGGUGCAGUUGGUGCUUGGCUGUGCUGUCAGCUGUGAGAAGAAGCAAGAACACAUCCAGCAGAUAAUGACCCUGGAGGAGUCUGUCCAGCAUGUUGUCAUGACAGCCAUACAGGAGCUCCUGGCUAAAGAGACAAGUGUUCCAGGAAGUCCUGAGACCUACGGGGACUUUGACUACCAGUCCAGGAAGUAUUAUUUUCUCAGUGAGGAGGUGGAGGCGAAGGAGGAUCUGGGCCAGCGCUGUCGGGACCUGGAGCACCAGUUGGCAGCCGUCCUGGAGGAGAAGUCAUCCCUGCAGGUGGAGACACAGUCCCUGAGGGAGAAGCUCAGCCUCAGUAACCCACAGGAUGUUUCUACCACCAUCACUGGCAAGAAGCUGCUGCUGCUGCAGAGCCAGAUGGAGCAGCUACAGGAGGAGAACUACAGACUAGAGAACAGCCGAGAUGACAUGCGUGUGCGAGGGGAGAUUCUGGAGCGUGACGUUUUGGACCUCACUCACCGUAACGAUGAACUGACCAGCCUCGCCCAGGAAGCCCAGACUCUCAAAGAUGAGAUGGACAUCCUCCGGCAUUCGUCUGACCGGGUGAGCCGGCUGGAGGCACUGGUGGAGACAUACAAGCGUAAGCUGGAGGACCUGGGGGACUUGCGCAGACAGGUGCGUCUGCUGGAGGAGCGCAACACUGUCUACAUGCAGCGCACAUGUGAGCUGGAGGAGGAGCUACGCAGGGCCAACUCAGUCCGCACCCAGCUGGACACCUACAAGAGACAGGUCCAUGAGCUUCACACCAAGCAUUCGUCAGAGGCACUGAAGGCUGAGAAGUGGCAGUUUGAGUACAAGAACCUUCAGGACAAGUAUGACGCCCUGCUUAAGGAGAAAGAGCGUUUGAUCUCGGAGCGAGACACACUGCGGGAAACCAAUGAUGAGCUCAGGUGUGCACAGGUCCAACAGAAGGGCCUCAGUCAACCAGGUGGAUUAUGUGAGGACUCUGGCACAGUGGGAAACCUGGCCUCUGAGAUGAUGCCCACAGAGUUCAAGGAGACGGUGGUGCGUCUGCAGAGUGAGAACAAGAUGCUGUGUGUCCAGGAGGAGAGCUACAGACAGAGACUGGUGGAGGUACAGGGCCAGCUGGAGGAGUCUCAACGCAGCCAGAACACCCUGGAGACACAAAACAGGUUGAACCAGCAGCAGAUCUCUGAGCUGCGGUCCCAGGUGGAGGAUCUCCAGAAGGCUCUACAGGAGCAGGGCAGCAAGGCAGAGGAUUCCUCCCUGCUGAAGAAGAAGCUUGAGGAGCACCUGGAGAAGCUCCAUGAGGCCCACUCAGACCUGCAGAAGAAGAGAGAGGUCAUUGAUGACCUGGAGCCCAAAGUGGACGGCAACAUGGCGAAGAAGAUCGAUGAGCUGCAGGAGAUCCUGAAGAAGAAGGAUGAGGACAUGAAGCUGAUGGAGGAACGCUACAAGCGCUAUGUGGAGAAGGCCAGGACGGUGAUCAAGACUCUGGACCCCAAGCAGCCGCCUCUGACUGUGUCUCCUGAUGUUCAGGCCCUCAAGAACCAGUUGACUGAGAGAGACCGGAAGAUCCAGCACCUGGAGCAUGACUAUGAGAAGAGCAGGUCCAGACAUGACCAGGAGGAGAAACUCAUCAUAAGUGCCUGGUACAAUAUGGGUAUGGCCCUGCAUCAGAAGGUGGUGGGAGAGCGGUCGGGUCCGUCCAACCAGGCCCAGUCCUUUUUGGCCCAGCAGAGGCAGUCCACCCACGCCAGGAGAGGUCUUGCAGCCCGCCACCAGCCCAGAUAAGACAUAUCAACUCUGGGGGAGGAUGUGGAGAUGAGGCAAAACAUUAUCGAUAUCUUAGUGUUCACUACUUCCGUACCCCUACUCUCACUGCUCUGAUGCCUUUACUUCUCCUCUUGGUGUUUUGUGAAGAUUGCU